CUCUCUUUCCCAGCGGCGGCGGGGUUUCCAACCUGGUCCUCCUUCCAGGCUCUGUUGCCUUGCUGGGAGGGAGUGCGCUGCUGCUGCUGCUGCUGCUGCUGACCGGAGGAGAAGCGUCAUGGAUGCGGGGCUGUUGCGCGUGUGGUGGGCGCUGCUGGCGCUGGCGGUGCCCGGGGGCCGGGGGUCCAGGCUCUUCCCCUUCGGCUCGGAGCGCGGCGACGCGGAGCUGGAGCCCGGGGACGACGCCACCUCCCCGCCCCUCGACCUCCGCGCCCCGCUCCGCUUCUACGCCUCCCGCGUGGGGACCCUCUAUGUUCUCACAAAUGGCAUAAUUGCAGUCAGUGAACCUUCAAUGGAAGAUGAUUAUCUUGGCCAGUUUCCUCUCAAUUUUGGAGGCAUAGCUCCCUUUUAUGCUGAUUUGGAUACUACAGGUGGACAAGGGAGGGUGUAUUAUAGGGAGGACUCAUCUCCUGACAUCCUUCAACUUGCUGGCAACUAUAUUAAAAGGUGUUUUCCAGAGUCUACCUUUGAACCAAGUAGUGUUGUCAUUGUUACCUGGGAUUCUGUGGCUCCUUAUGCUGGACCUGGAGAAGAUGUCACUUUGCAAGCAAAGAGAAACACAUUCCAGGCAGUUUUAGCCUCUUCCGAUUCCAGUUCCUAUGCAAUUUUUCUCUAUCCAGAAGAUGGCUUGCAAUUCUAUAGUACAUAUUCUAAAAAUGAUAAUGAACUUGUUCCAGCUACUGUUGGCUUUAGUCAACCUGCUACUAAUUAUUACUUGUGGAUAAAACCCGGAUUAUACAAAACCAUUGCUAAUGAAGAAGAAACUCUUAGUAACCUGCACAGGAGCAGUAAUUUGGGAAAACAAGGAGUCUGGGCAUUUGAAAUUGGUGGCUCAGAUAUUAUCCUGCCAGCCUCCGAGAGUCCUGUCAGUGUUGAUUAUGGAGACUAUGAUCAGUUCCAGGAAGUCACAAUAGAGCCCCCCAUAUCACAGGACUCUAUAGAGAUAAGCCAGCCGGAAGUAUCCUAUGAGAUUCCCAGCAGGGGAGAUAGCAUACAGACCAGCUACAUCAUACCUCAGCCAGCAGCAGAAGAUUUUCAGUCUCCGUAUCAGACUGCAACAGAGCAGCCUCCCCCAGAGCCGCCUCUCCCCACAGGGAAAAACCCACCUCUCCAGUUUCCAGCCCAGCAGUUUCCCCAGCAGCAUGGUCAGAUUAUCGAUGUGGAAGAAGUUGAUGAAACUGGAAUUGUGUUUCGUUACAGCACGGAUGUCCAGCAGACAUGUGCAAACAACCGUCAUCAGUGUUCAGUUCAUGCUGUUUGCACAGACUAUCCAAAUGGUUUCUGUUGCAGUUGUAUUACUGGUUACAAAGGAAAUGGCCGGCAGUGUGUAGCAGAAGGUUCUCCUCAGCGAGUCAAUGGGAAAGUCAAAGGACGAAUCCUUGUAGGAAACAACCCAGUGCCCAUUGUUUUUGAGAACACUGACCUCCACUCCUACGUUGUGAUGAACCAUGGGCGAGCAUAUACUGCCAUUAGCACAAUUCCAGAGACGUUGGGUUUCUCCUUGCUUCCUCUUGCCCCUAUUGGGGGAGUCAUUGGAUGGAUGUUUGCUGUGGAGCAGCAGGGAUAUAAAAAUGGAUUUAGUGUUACAGGUGGUGAAUUUACUAGACAAGCUGAAGUUACAUUUCUCAACACCAAUGAAAAGUUGACCAUUAAACAGAAAUUCAGUGGAAUUGAUGAACACGGACAUCUGACCAUUGACACACAACUUGAAGGCAAAGUGCCAGAGAUCCCAUUUGGCUCUUCUGUACAUAUUGAGCCUUACACUGAGCUCUAUCACUCUUCUAGUUCAGUUAUUACAUCAUCAUCUACCAGGGAAUAUACUGUGACCGAACCAGAAAGAGGUGGAACAUCUCCUACUUACACUGUUCCCUAUCAGUGGAGACAGACCAUCUCAUUUGAUGAAUGCAUUCAUGAUGACUCCCAUCAUCCUGUUUCAGCCACCCAGCAACUGUCAGUGGAUAGCAUCUUUGUCUUGUAUAACACAGAUGAACAAAUUUUACGAUAUGCAAUGAGCAAUUCCAUUGGCCCAAUUGAUGGAUCAGGUGAAGGAAGAAGCCAGAAUCCUUGCUACACGGGCACUCACGGCUGUGACACAAAUGCGGUGUGUCGUCCAGGAUCGGGCAAUCAGUUCACCUGUGAAUGUUCUGUGGGAUUCCGAGGAGAUGGGCGUACCUGUUAUGAUAUUGAUGAAUGCUCUGAGCAACCAACAGUGUGUGGCAGCAGUGCAAACUGUAAUAACCAGCCGGGAACUUUCCGAUGUGAGUGUCUAGAAGGAUAUCAGUUUUCAGCUGAUGGACGAACAUGUGUUGCUGUUGAGCGUGUGGUCAAUCAUUGUGUGACAGGCACACAUAAUUGUGAUAUCCCUCAACGUGCUCGCUGCAUAUACUCUGGUGGGUCUUCCUUCAUUUGUGCGUGUCUGCCAGGAUUCGUUGGAGAUGGACAUUCUUGUAUAGAUACAGAUGAAUGUGAGCUGAGCCGUUGUCAUCCAGAUGCCUUCUGCUAUAAUACACAAGGAUCCUUCACCUGUCAGUGUAAGGCAGGCUAUCGUGGGGAUGGUUUCCAGUGUGUGCGAGGAGGAGAACUAGAAAAAACAAAAUGUCAACGAGAACAAGAACAAUUUGUGGCUUUUGGACCAAGAGGACCCAGGCCAGUUGGCCAGUUUAUUCCUCAGUGUGAUGUCUAUGGGAAUUAUUUGCCAACCCAGUGCCAUUCCAGCACUGGAUAUUGUUGGUGUGUAGACAGAGACGGUAAUGAAAUUGAUGGAACCAGGAGUGGCCCAGGAAUCCAACCCCCUUGUCUUGGCACAGCUGAACCUCCUGUUGUAGUUGGUCCCUCCGUAAAACCAGAUACGAUUCGUCUGCCUCCAGGAACACACUUACUGAUUGCCCAGAGUGGAAGGAUUGACCAUGUCCCCUUAGAGGGAAAUGAUAUGAGGAAGCAAGAUGCAAAGGCUUUGCUGUAUGUUCCAGAUAAAGUUGUUAUUGGAGUUGCUUAUGACUGCUUAGAGAAAAUGGUUUAUUGGACUGAUAUCAGCAGUCCAUCAAUCAGUAGAGCCAGUCUGGGCGGAGGAGAGCCAGUAGCCAUCAUAAAGACAGAUUUGGAAAGUCCUGAAGGAAUAGCUCUUGAUUACCUUGGCCGCACCAUUUUCUGGACGGAUUCUCAGCUUGACAGAAUAGAGGUAGCAAGGGUAGAUGGCACCCAGCGCCGAAUACUGUUUGACACCGAUCUUGUAAACCCUAGAGCCAUAGUAGCAGAUCCUAUGAGAGGAAAUCUUUAUUGGACAGACUGGAACAGAGAGGCCCCUAAAAUUGAAACGUCAUACAUGGAUGGCACAAACAGAAGGAUUCUUGUCAGAGAUGAUUUGGGGCUACCUAAUGGGCUGACAUUUGACACUUACUCUUCACUGUUGUGCUGGGUGGAUGCAGGCACUAAAAGGCUUGAAUGUAUGGAUCCCAAUCAACUUGGUCGGCGAAAGAUCCUUGAAGGAAUCCAGUAUCCUUUCAGCAUCACAAGUUAUGGGAAGAAUUUGUUUUAUACAGACUGGAAAAGAGAUGCUGUAGUAGCCGUGGAUCGCACAGUGCCAGAGGAGAAUGAUGACUUUCAGCCCCCCAAGCGCACCCGUAUUUAUGGAAUAACUACGGCUUUGGCUCAGUGCCCUCAAGGGCAUAACUAUUGUUCAGUGAAUAAUGGUGGGUGCACUCAUCUAUGCCUGGCUACCCCAGGGGGCCGUUCUUGCCGAUGUCCAGAUAAUACCAUUGGAGUGGAUUGUAUAGAAAGAAAUUAAGAGGUACAGCAUGGGAUAUGCCAAGCCACCUUUUGGAAAGGUACAAUCAGCAACUAUUUAAAUGGUCAGUCACAUACAAGGAAAGAUCCCAAAGAGAAGAUCUCUAUGCUGCCUGCAAACAGAAGCCAUGAAGCACACCUGUAAGACCUAUCAUUGCCCCUAUCAUGGAAUACUGCCAUAUCUGUGCAACCAUCUGUUGUACACUUUCUUCUUCAUUCUCCCUUUCCCCUUUUUAAAGAUAACUCUAGUUAACAGCUGUGUCUGUAAUUGAUACCUCUUAAGACAAUAUUUUUGGUACAAAUUGUAGUAGGGAUUGAAAUUAAGUAGAAACUAGCAUCAGAUACACUCUUAAUAGGUGGUGGCCAUACAUAAGAUGCGGAACAAUGUCUUCAAACUACAGGAAAGGAGAUUCCACCUGAACAUGAGGAAGAACUUCCUAAUUGUGAGAGCUGUUCAGCAGUGGAACUCUCUGCACCGGAGUGUGGUGGAGGCUCCUUCUUUGGAUGGCCAUCUAUUGGGGGUGCUUUGAAUGCGAUUUUCCUGCUUCUUGGCAGGGGGUUGGAUGGCCCAUGAGGUCUCUUCCAACUCAAUUAUUCUAUAAGGAGAUUUGGCAAUUUAUUUACAAAUUAACUUUUGACUGGUGCAGCUGCAUGUUUAAAUCUGAAUGCCAGGCAGUGAAGUUUGGAGAUAGAGUAAUUGAAAUUCCAACUAUAUGAGGGUUUUUUUAGGAGUAACAGCAAGCCCCCUAAGCAAAGGGCAUACCAUAUUCCAUAGACCCUUCUUCCAAAGGUUUUAACCACUACUCCUGAAUAUGUUUAAUAUCUAGUGGUACACUAUUAUUGCAGUGCUUUGAAAUGAUCAAAGCAAAUUGGUGCUACAGUUGGUUGACUUGUCCAUGCAGAUCUAGUUUAGUUGCUUCUGUAGGGUUCCUCUCCCCCCAGCUUUUCAUUGGGAUUUUCCAAAAUAAGUUAUCAAGAGGACAAAGGGAAAUGUGCAGCCAUGGAUGUUCUGGUUUCAUUAGGACAACAACAGAGUACAUUCUAGACUGUGGCCUGCUUUUGUCCUACAUCUGAAUCUAAACUGACUUUCAGGUAGAUCCUGCCAAAUAUUCUUCACAUUUUAUUUCCAUUUUUUUCUAGAGGUUCCUUUCUAAGUAUACACAACCUGGUUUUACUGUACUUUAGUUUUUCACAUAGCAUAAGCAAUCAGGUUGAUGAAACGAUCCAUCAGGUAGUUAGAAUGUUUUCAGUGUUAGGUCUUCAUGAGAGAUAUCUUGGGUAUCGCAUCACCAAAGUAAUGGUUAUGUUUUGUGUGAGUUGCUGGGAAGCACAAUUCACGCACACCAGAAUCAGCAAAAUGUGCGAUAUAAGCAGAAUGUAGGUUUUUAGGUAGUUUGAAAUUCUUCUACUAAGGCGAUUUUAAGAAGCAUUAGUUCUGCUGGGAAAGAAGUACAUCCUCAGUAGGGCGGGGGGCAAACUCCAUUGAGAUAACAACUCAUUCUACCCCCAGCUUUUAAAAGCAUGCAGAAGGUUAGACUUCAGAAGUAUUGCUUACAAAUCAGUAUUAAAAAAGAGCCAGUUUUGAGGCUUCAUAACUGAUAGCUUUUUAUAUAUAUUUAUCACUGAAAUAUCAAAUGCUAUAUUAAAUAUUUUAAAUUUUGUAUAACACUUGUAUAGCUUUGAUGCAUUUAAUUCUUACACUCUAUUAAAUAUGUCUGCAGAAAUGUAAAUGCCAAAAAUUGUACUGAAAACAAACAAAAGGUGCUUUUAAUAAGUGUACUUCCAGUGUUAUUUCAUUUUCAGGUGACAACACAGAAAGUUUACGUAUUGUACGGCUAUUCAUAGCUACCAAUAAAAUUAUUGUUUUGUUUUUUUUUAUAAAAAAAGAAUGAAAGUUAUAUUUGGAGCAUAUUACAUCUUCAUAUUUUUUAUAAAAAAAAGUUUUAGACUUCCUUUUUUAA